AUGUCGAGGAUUUCCAACACAUUGACGACCAACGAUGGUGUAGCGCACACUAAAGGUGAAAAAAUAAACGCCAAGAACAACACCAUCAUAAGAGUUUGUCACAUACGCGAUCCAACAACUCAUACACAACCGCUUGGAUCUUCAUAUGUAUUAGAUACACCACUGAAUAGUUCGCUUUGGUUUGAGCUUGUAGCCAUUUCCCCACUUGUUACUAAUAGGCCGAAGUAUCUAAACUUCACUCUACCUCAUGACCAAGUCGGGGUUCGAACCCGGGACGGCUUCGAAGACAUGAUCACGUUUUGCAAAUUAUUCCUCCCUGAUUUUACCUCUAAUAAGAAGAUGCAAAAAUGGGAAGAAAGAAAUAUUUUUGGCUAUAACAAUGAAAACAUAAAAAAUAAUGAUUCAUUUAAAUUAGUCUUCCUUGUUGUUGCUUUCCUUGCACUUUCUUAUGUUGUUUUUCUGGGGCAUGAAUGGAAGAAGAAGGAAGAUUCACUUCAAUAUUAUUGCGAAUUCAACAGAGUGAUGAGUAGAAAUUAUGCAAAUUCAUAA